AUGUUUCUCUGCUACUUCAUACCAACAGGCUUCUGGAAGGACACCUAUGCUGUGUCCCCAGUGCCCUCUGUCCCAAACCUUGUCCCUGCCUUGGCAGGCUCCUGCGUGGUCAUCCCCUGCUCCUUCACUCCUCCAGCCUCUCACUCCAUCCUGGGCAGGCAGGGGAAGGUGGUGGGCGUGAGGCUGCGCUACAGCAAUAGUCACAUCUUCUUCCUGCAGAGUACAGCUUUCAGUUCGGAUGACAAAUCCACGGUCAGCAAGGAGUUCCAGGGCCGGACAUCCCUACGGGGAAACACGGACGAUGGAGACUGCUCUGUAAUGAUUGACAGGGUCCACCUGGCUGACUCCAAUGUCUAUCAGCUGGCGCUGAAGGGCCAUGGACAGAAAGACUGGGGGAAGGCGAGGAGUGUCAACAUCGUUGUGUCAGAGUCCCCAGAGCUCCCAGUGAUCAGCGGUGUGAGGGCAGCGUCAGAAGGACAGAUGGUGUCACUAAACUGCAGCAUCAGUUACUCCUGUCCCUCCCGGGCCCCCACCCUCCAGUGGCGGUGGGAGAGAGGAGCUCAGGAGAACAGCAGCGAGUACGGGGAGCCGCAUGUACUCCGGCCCCAGGGUCAGGGGCCUACGCUACGGACCUCUCUCACCUUUAUCGCAUCGUACCGCAUCAAACCCAGAAUGAGGUGUGAAGCAGUAUAUCCAGGAGGAAGAAGAGUAUACACCGUAAAGGAGCUCCAUGUGACAUUCUCUCCAAAAGAUGUCACAGUCCAGGUCCAUACCUUGACUGUCCAGGAGGGGUUGAACGUGUUACUGGCCUGCUCCUGUAAAGCUGACCCGCCUGUGACAGAGUACAGGUGGUCAUACACCCAACAUGGGCUAACUGUAGACCUUCACCAGCGCACAUUUACGGUCCGGGUGUACAAUGUGACCCGAGACAUGAGGGUCCGCUGCACAGCCCAGAACCUAAUUGGACGGGCAGAGUCCAAAUCGACUUCCUUAAACAUUCAAUACAAGCCUGCCAUCCUCCAUCUCUCCUCCUACUGUGUUGUGGAGAGGUUGGAGGUUCUGUGUCGCUGUUCUGUAGACUCCAACCCCCGGCCUGCCGUAACCUGGAGUGUCAACGGUAGUGUUCCACCAUACAGUUACAACACAUCAGUAGGCUCAGAGAACGGUACACUAACAGCCACGCUGAAGGGCCACAUGGAGACUCCACUGAGGGUAGUCUGCUUCGCCAUCAAUGCACUGGGCAACGACUCCCACACACUGCUUCAAGCAGAGGAUGGUUCUCUGCUGUGGAAAGUGAUACCUGCAGUAUGCAUCUCUUUGGCCACCUUCCUCCUCUCUCUACUCCUCCUGUUCUGCUGUCGAAAGAGGUCCGGAAAACGUGUGCUGACCUGCAGACCUCCGGUGUAUCCUGGGGACAUGGGGAUCUACCAGGAUCGGAUGCCCCUCUACAUCAACUGCACUGAGGUCACCAACAUCUACACCAAUGGCAGUUACCAGCUGGUUUACCAGAACUGCACCCCUCUUUUCGUCCGGACCAAACAGAGGAUUGAUGGUUACUAA